AUGAAUGCUGCAGAUGUUGAAGUUAAUGUUGCGGAGGUUGAAGUGAAUGAAGAAAAUUCUCUAGUUCCAUCACAGUUAUUUGUCCUUGUUGGUGAAUUGAAAAGUGUUUACUACAGCAGGGAAGUUAAUGUAAGGAGAAUCGAAAUUGAAAGACGUCGUCUAAAAGCAAAGGAAGCUAAGAAAGCUCAGGUUGAUGAAAAAGUUGAUGAAGAGAAAGAUGAUGAGGAUGAAGAAGAUGAUGAUAUGAAAGACAUUGAUGACUUUUAUGAAAGUGAUGAUGAUAAAGGUGAUGACAAUGAUCAGGGUGGUAAUGGAGGUGCACUGAUAGUGAGACCACCUGGUGGGAAUCGAGUCAAUGAUUAUCUUGAUGAUACACUGAAUGGGGAAAGAGAGGAAAGCCUCAGGGGGAGUCUACAUCAGUUUAAGCAUUUGAAUCUUCAAAUCUUCAUCUUGUUCUUGAUUAUUUUUGAAGAUCAUCAAGCUUGGAUUCCGCCCAUCCUUGUUGAUCGUUUGAUAUCGUUGUUUGAUCCGGCUGUUCGGGACUUACAUGUGUUCAAGUUUGUGGAAGAUGCAAAUGAUUUUAAUGAUGUGAUUGUUGAAGAUGAUUCCUCUGAUUCUGAUCAAGAUGUUCCAUUUCACUAUGCCGGUCAAGAUGAUAACUUUUCUACUUUUGCUUAA